ACUCCUGUUCCUUUACAGCCAUACCUUGUAGACUGUAGAGUAUAUCCCUCUGUUAUUCUCCUUCUCCAAUCUCCUUCAUCUCAACAGUUUCUAGUUUAUUCCUUUUUCGGUUUUUACAUCUUCCUCAUUCUCUUUCGCAUUUAAACAAAUACUAUCCUGGCCAUUGAUUCAUAUGGGAAUGGAGGCUGCUGGUUCGAUAGAGCAGGCUAGAGAUCAUUUUCAUCAUCAUCAUCAUCAUCAUCAUGUUGGUUAUAUGAAAAACAGGGUUAUAAGCAAAAAGAAGUACUGCAGCAAGAACAGGAAGGUUAAGCAUUCUUCUUCUGAUUCUGCUCUGCAACGACUCUUUGUUUCGUGUAAAGACGUUUUCAAAGGCCUUGGAAAUGGAACUCUUCCUUUGCCUCAUCAAGUGCAGGAACUGCGCAGCGUUCUCGAUAAAAUUAGGCCACAAGAUGUUGGGCUAAGCAACGAUUUGCAGUUCUUCAAGCCUAACACUAGGGUCAAAGGGACUCCGAGGGUAACAUAUACAACCAUAUACAAGUGCAGUAACUUUUCCUUGUGCUGUUUCUUCAUUCCAGCAACCGGUGUUAUCCCCCUUCAUAACCAUCCCGGAAUGACUGUCUUCAGUAAGCUUCUACUGGGCAAGAUGCACAUCAAAUCAUACGAUUUGGUUGAUGAUCCCACCAAGAAGAAUUCAGAUGGUUCACAAUUGAGAUUGGCAAAGUUGAAAGCUGAUAGUGUAUUCACUGCCCCAUGCAAUACAUCAGUACUAUAUCCAACAACAGGUGGCAAUAUCCACGCCUUCACCGCCAUAACUCCUUGUGCAGUGCUUGACGUGCUCGGCCCUCCCUAUUCUAAACAAGAUGGUCGGGACUGCUCAUAUUACAGAGAUCAUCCCUAUGCUGCUUACCCAAAUGCAACAGUAACCCAAGAGGAAGGCCAUUAUUAUGGGUGGUUGGAAGAGAUUGAGGUGCCUCCUAACUCAGAAAUGGAUGGAAUCGAGUACUUGGGUCCGCAGAUUAUUGACACUAUCUAGCCAGCGGAAACAGAAUGGCUCAAGAAAACCACAGUUUAAUGCCUGGUUGUCUGUAUAUAUCCAUAGGGAGCUCUCAGUUCAUUUUAUCUUUCAUUUUCUUUGUUUGUUAAGGC